AUGUCUUAUAUGCUUGCACACUUGACGAAUGGGUGGCAGGUGGAUCAAGCCAUUUUGUCGGAGGAGGACCGUGUUGUUAUAAUUCGAUUUGGACAUGACUGGGAUCCUUCUUGUAUGGUUAUGGAUGAAACACUGUUUCAAGUUGCAGAAAAAAUAAAGAAUUUCGCUGUUAUCUACCUUGUUGAUAUAUCCCAGGUUCCUGAUUUCAACAAGAUGUAUGAGUUGUAUGAUCCCUGCACGGUUAUGUUUUUCUAUCGAAACAAACAUAUCAUGAUCGAUCUCGGAACUGGCAACAACAACAAAAUAAAUUGGCCCAUAGAAGAUAAACAGGAAUUCAUUGACAUUGUUGAAACUGUGUAUCGAGGUGCUCGUAAAGGUCGAGGCCUUGUCGUUUCUCCCAAGGACUACUCCACUAAGUAUCGCUACUAG